AUGUCAACUGAGGAAAGCUACCGGGCCAUCCUCAGAUACCUGACGAACGAGCGCGAGCCCUACGCGCCAGGCACCGAGGGCAAUGUCAAGCGUAAGAUCCGCAAGGCAGCUGCCUGCUAUGUGGUGCGCAGCGGAACCCUGUACUACCAGCGACGGCAGCGGCACCGCAAGACCUUUGCGGAGCUGGAGGUGGUGUUGCAGCCCGAGCGGCGCCGGGGGCUGAUCGAGGCAGCACACCUGGGUCCCGGAGGCACUCACCACACCCGGCAUCAGACCUGGCGUGACUUGUCCAAGACAUACUGGUGGCGAGCUCAGCCUCCUCUUAGCGGAAGAGCUGCUGCCAGGGGAUCCGAGAGGGUGGGGGACGCGAAAGGAGCCGCACUUCCCGCAGGAAGGAGGCCGGGGAAGCAGGGGGCGGGUCCUCGCCGGGGUGGGGCGAAGGGGCUUCCCCGGGGGCUGGACCAGCGGCGGGGAGGGGCCGGGCUGGCCGGCUACCUUGUUCUGGUUGAUACCAAAGGUGUGGUAAAACGAUCUUCUCCAAAACACUGUCAGACUGUCUUAAAACAAUUGAAUGAGCAGAGACUCUCCAACCAGUUUUGUGAUGUUACUUUGUUAAUUGAAGGAGAAGAGUACAAAGCUCACAAAUCUGUUUUGUCAGCGAAUAGUGAAUAUUUUCGAGAUCUUUUUAUUGAGAAAGGAGCAAUUUCUAGUCAUGAGACUGUAGUGGAUCUUUCCGGUUUUUGUAAGGCAAGUUUCCUUCCUUUAUUAGAAUUUGCCUAUACUUCUGUGCUAAGCUUUGACUUCUGUAGCAUGGCUGAUGUAGCCAUCCUGGCUCGCCAUCUUUUCAUGUCAGAAGUUUUAGAAAUCUGUGAAAGUGUACACAAACUAAUGGAAGAGAAGCAGCUAACAGUAUAUAAGAAGGGUGAAGUACAAACAGUUGCCUCUACCCAGGACCUGCCAGUUCAGACUGAAGGAACCACACAACCUGUGGCUAGCAGUGAAGGAACUACAACAACUCUAUCUACUGAACUUGGAGAUUGUGAAAUUGUCGUUGUAGUCAAUGGAGAACUGCCAGAAGCUGAGCAGAAUGGAGUGCUAAGACAACAGAAUGAAUCCCAGGUUUCUUCAGAGGCUGAAACUGCUUUGUCACCUGUUAGAUGUACGGCUGAUUCCCAUCCUGAAAUAGAAUCUAUGGAUUUAGCAACAAAAAACGACCACACAGAACUUGAAACUUCAGACAGAAGAAAAGAUACUACUAUUGAUCCUAAACUUUCCAAAGACAGCGUAAUCAGUAGCUCUCCAGAGGACAGUGAUACGGAAAAUGAUACAUCACCUGAAGAUAUCUCUGCUGAGAACAUUGCAGAACAUAGACAGAACCUUGGCCAACCUUUGAAAGAUCAGGAGAAUCUAGUUACAUCGAUAGUUAAGGCAGAUAUUGGACCUGAUGGUGAUACCUACCGAAGCAGGCUUCGCCAGCGUUCUGUUAGUGAAGGAGGAUAUAUCCGACUACACAAAGGAAUAGAAAAAAAGCUGCAGAAAAGGAAAGCUGUUCCCAAGUCAGCAGUUCAACAGGUUGCCCAGAAAUUAGUUCAAAGAGGAAAAAAAAUGAAACAGCCAAAAAGAGAAGCUAAAGACAACACUGAAGAAGCGUCUCAUAAAUGUGGAGAAUGCGGGAUGGUUUUUCAGAGACGAUAUGCCCUUAUAAUGCACACAUUGAAACAUGAAAGAGCUAGAGAUUACAAAUGUCCGUUGUGUAAAAAACAAUUUCAGUACAGUGCCUCCUUGAGAGCACACCUUAUCCGACAUACAAGAAAAGAUGCACCUACUUCAUCAUCUUCCAGUUCCACACCUAAUGAAGCAUCAGGAGCAUCAUCUGAGAAGGGCAGAACCAAGCGAGAAUUUAUAUGUUCCAUAUGUGGAAGGACAUUACCUAAAUUAUAUUCUCUUCGAAUACAUAUGUUAAAGCACACAGGUGUGAAGCCACAUGCAUGCCAGGUCUGUGGAAAGGCUUUUAUCUAUAAACAUGGCCUAAAAUUACACCAGAGUCUCCACCAAUCUCAAAAGCAGUUUCAGUGUGAACUAUGUGUUAAAUCAUUUGUUACCAAACGAAGUCUUCAAGAACACAUGAGUAUUCACACAGGAGAGUCAAAAUACCUUUGCUCAAUUUGUGGAAAGUCAUUUCAUAGGGGCUCUGGACUCAGCAAGCACCUUAAGAAGCAUCAGCCAAAGCCUGAGGUUCGAGGUUAUCAUUGUACUCAAUGUGAAAAAAGUUUCUUUGAAGCUAGAGAUCUUCGCCAGCACAUGAACAAACAUCUUGGUGUGAAGCCAUUCCAGUGCCAGUUUUGUGAUAAAUGCUAUAGUUGGAAGAAAGAUUGGUAUUCUCAUGUGAAGUCUCAUUCUGUCACUGAGCCUUACAGGUGUAAUAUAUGUGGCAAAGAAUUUUAUGAAAAAGCAUUGUUCAGAAGGCAUGUAAAAAAGGCUACUCAUGGGAAAAAAGGAAGAGCAAAGCAAAACCUGGAACGAGUAUGUGAACAGUGUGGAAAAAAAUUCACUCAGCUCAGAGAGUAUAGGAGACACAUGAACAACCAUGAAGGAGUCAAGCCAUUUGAGUGCUUAACUUGUGGAGUAGCUUGGGCUGAUGCCCGGUCUCUGAAACGUCAUGUCAGAACACAUACUGGGGAGCGGCCAUAUGUCUGUCCUGUUUGUACUGAAGCCUACAUAGAUGCACGGACACUCCGCAAACAUAUGACUAAAUUCCACAGGGAUUAUGUGCCUUGCAAAAUUAUGCUGGAAAAAGACACCCUUCAGUUUCACAACCAAGGAACUCAAGUGGAGCAUGCUGUUAGUAUCUUAACAGAUAUGCAAGAACAAGAGAGCACGGGCCCUCAAGAAAUUGAAACUGUAGUUGUGACUGGAGGAACUAUGGAAGCUCUUGAAGCUGUUGCAGCUACUGAAGAAUGUCCAUCGGUAUCAACACUUUCUGACCAAAGUAUUAUGCAAGUGGUUAAUUACGUAUUGGCACAGCAGCAAGGACAGAAACUCUCUGAAGUUGCAGAGGCUAUUCAAACUGUUGAAGUAGAGGUUGCACAUAUUUCAGAAACAGAAUGA